AUGAAUCGGCGGCAUACGUACGUACCUCCUCACUUUGCGGCCGAACCUAGCACAGCGGCGAGCAGUCCAUAUGGCAGCCUGCCAUCCUGUCGUGGCGUUUCAAACAUCUUCGUCCUGGCCCGGGCGCUAGGGCUCGCCCUCGCCAUGGGCGUGGCACCGACCACAGCUCGCCCUCGGCCUUUUCUUGUGUCCGACCAUCUGCACGUGUUGCCGCCUCCUCUCACCCAGGCCAUGACUCUUUUACGUGUCGAUAACAGCUUCUUUGUACUGUACGUCCGAGCUUUUACAUGUAAAGGGCCUCUGUCAAGCAUCUGCCUUGACCCCUUGCGUCCAGCCAUCGGCCCGACCAUCGUCUCCCACGACUCAGCGUCAACGACGAGAAAAAUCGAACCUCUCUCGCAUGGCCCCUGCAUUGGCCUCGCUGGGGUCCAGAUGCCCCCCUCGCGGGUGGCUGGCAUGGCUGGCAUGAUACGUAGUGCCGGCCCCCAGCGUGGCGCCGUGGCGGCUAUCUGCCGUGGACCAACAUGCAGCCAGGCAGCCCAUGCAUCCAUCACCGGCAUUGUAGAUGACCUGUCGCUUGGCACGCUGCUCAGCUUCUCGUCCGGUUGCCCUGAUUACGUGACCAUAGCUCUGCUCAGCUCUGAAGCCGACCGGUGUUGGUUCAAGCCAAGCAUUUUGUCUAAUUCAAUCGCUAAUGGUCGUCCACUCGUGUCACUAUAUACCUCAUAUCUUAUUGGCACCCACAAUCCACCAAACAUCCUUCCAAACGCAAGCUCGCAAGCACUCGCUUCACUCUUUUCCGAGCACAUCAAAGAUCGUCCCUUCAUCCCUCAGCCAAGUCAUGUCAUGCUCGGUAGCACGGCUGUGGCUGGCAACGCGUAUCGAGGCCAAUCACAGACACCUCACUUGUAA